UGCCCUCUCCUCGUCGCUAAUUGUAUUUCCCACCGUCUGACAACUUGUUUUUGUGUUAGCGCAUUGACUGCCCAUGGGCACUGCUGUCCACACACACCGUGCUGCUGCUGCUGCUGCUGCUGCUGCUGCUGCUGCUCCUCCGGCUGUCCGGUGCGCCUCUGCGGUCGGUUCGGGAUGGUAUUGGGCUCUUCCUUUUAUGAAUGAAUAACAAAACUGGGGGGAAAUGCGAGUGACAGUGAAACUCCCCAGCAGCCGUGCUCCCAGGGGGCCAGCCAUCAAUGAGAGGGAUUAAGGACGGAGCCGAGCCGCGGCUCAUUGCGGAAAAGCCGACUGCAUACUGGAAACGCACUGUGAGGGAAACGGGCUCCAUAGCGUGAACAGAAAACCGCGGUGACCACAAUGUCCAUCCACAUCGUGGCUCUGGGCAGCGAGUGCCCCGGAGGAGUGGGGCCCGGGGAGGAGAUCAUGGGCCAGGGGCAGCUGCAGGGAGGCCUGCUGUGGAGCUACCUUGGCCAUGGAGCUCUGGUGGGACCAUGCGACCUGGAGAGCAGCAUGCACAACCCGGCCUUCAUGGAGUACAGCUCCCUUGUGUUUGGAGAUGUCACUGUGGUGGUCCGGGAUUGCCCCAGCUGGGACUUGUUGGACAGUGAUUGGGCCAGUGUACGGAAAGUUCUUGAGCAGGCAGACAUCCUGGUCAUUAAAUAUUCAGUCACCGAUAAGCUGGCCUUCCAGCAGGUCCGAAACGGCUACGCCCCGAGACUCCGCCCUCUCCUGAGACACUGGGGUGUGCCGGUCAUCCUGGUUGCUAUUGGAGCACGGCUAAACGAUGAAGGCCCUCCGUGUACCUGUCCGCUGUGUGCGUCCGACUGGAGCAGCUGUGUGCCUCACAGUGAGGGUCUGCAGCUGUCCCGGGACCUGGGGGCCACCUACCUCGAGCUGCCCUCUCUCAACCACGUCUUUGUGGGACGCUACUUCGGCAGCGUGCUGGAGUACUUCAUGAUUCAGUGUCUGAAACACAAAGCCAAAGAGAGGCCGGAGAAGAGAAGAGGAAAUAAAGUGAACGAUCUUCGCCCUCCUCACUUAGAGCAACCAGCACGUCUCCCCCCCAUCCGAGUGGAGGAGUCCAGCUUCUCCCAGGACAUGCAGUGGUUGUUGGAGCGUGGUGUGCAGUUCGCCGAUGUGGCUUUCUACGCCGGGGACUCUGGGAAAGAGCUGGGAUGGGCGCACGCUGCGGUUCUGUGUGCCGUCAGUCCGUACUUCAGACAGCUGCUCCUUGGGCCCAAGACCAGGGAACGCCCCCAGUCGCGGUGUGUUUGCAGAGAGCGCGAUGGAGGCCCCAACUCGCUGCUCUCCAACUGGGAUGGGGCGAUUAUUGACGACAUGCCACGAUCAGAGGCGCACUCGACAGGACGCCUCUCUCGUCUGGUGGUGAAGGACCCCCUCCUGUGUAUGUGCUUGUGGGAGACCCUCAUGUUCAUUUAUAGAGGAGCGUGGGAGUGGGAUCACCUACAGGAGGCGCUGGAAGAGAAGCUGAAGAAUACACUUGCUGCGGCUCAGCUGAUUGAGCGCAUACGAUGCCUCAUCGGCAAAGAAAAGGGCCCCAGGGACACCCCCAGCGCCAGGGCGGCUCAGCUCGGCCCCCAGACUCUUGUCAACCUCUUCAAUUCUCCUCUCUACUCUGACGUCAUCUUCAUGGUGCAAGGGAGUGUGUUGCCAGCCCACCGAGCGGUGCUGGUGGCUCGCUGUGACGUCAUGGCGGCCAUGUUCAGCGGGAAGUAUGCGGAGGCCCGGAGCCGAGUGGUGCCCAUCCACGGAGUCUCUUCAGACACCUUCCUGUCCUUCCUGGAGUAUCUCUACACUGACUCCUGCUGUCCUGCCAGUGUGCUGCAGGCCAUGGCCGUGCUGGUGUGUGCCGAGAUGUACCAGGUGAAGCGUCUGCAGCACCUGUGUGAGGUGUGUGUGUGCGCCUACCUUCAGAGCAUGCCCAGUAGAGAGCUGUCGUCGACGGGCAUCAGCGUGAUCAGACUCCUCCGCCGAGCAAAGUGCCACAAUGCAGAGCAGCUGUACAUCUGGCUCCUCCACUUUAUCGCCAACAACUACCUGAUCUUCAGUCACAAACCUGACUUCCUGGAGCUCUCAGGUCAGUGUGGGAGGUUUUUUUUAAAUGUAGUAAAUUGUAUCAAAGCAAUCACAAGGUGACAGGCUAGUCCCUG